AGACGAUUGUUGCUUGAAAGCUCCGGCCCCUCUUGAGUGGAGGUUUGACGAUGCUAUCAUGACUAGUAGAACCGAUGGACCACCGUAGACUCUCAUUGCUCGAGAAGCCUGAAGCCUAAGACUAUAAAGAAGCUUAAGGCAUCUGAUAACUCUAGACUGAGAUGAAUCUGAUCUUAUAGUUCUUAUUCAGUGUCCAAUUACUCGGCUCCCUUUCAACUCAAAUGUUUUAAACCUCGCGUGUUUACAUGAUUGGCUUCGCUUACCCUACUCCAAGUUUUCUGCAUCAAGUGAAUUGCUUAUUAAGAACUAUUAGCAGAGCGUCUAGCAAAGGUAAAUGAAACGACCUAAACGUUCUUUCGAGCUUGGAUCCUGUUAUCAUGUUCCAUGAUGAGUGAUCAUUCGGCUUAUAAAUGCAAGGAUUCGCCGGCAGUUGCUUGUUCUCACGCAGCAUAAGCACUUACACAACGCUGACUGAACAAGUCUAAACACCAACUGGAAUCAUCACGCCUUCCUUAAACUAUAUCUAUAAGUGAUUACAUUCAAAGACAAAUGUAUCGCCAAUAUUCAGCUGCACAGCCGAGGCGAUGAUGAAUGAAGCACCUCAUCACAAUGAUUCCAAAAAGCAUGAUUACCUAAUCCUGGAAACCUAGCUCAUUGCAUCAUCGCAUUUUUCAUGGUUGCCGAGUUAAUUCCACUCAAAAACGCCCAUGACAAAGCAAACUCGCCUUUCACAGUCCAGCAUUACAGCCCAGUACAGCCAAAUCAGCCUCUAUCUGACGUAGAAUAAAUACCUCCACCCCACUUUCCCUUCUCCUACAUCAAAGCCUCUCGCUCUCCUCUAUGAAUUUCUUUAGAUCAUUCUUCACUCGCGCAACAAGCCCAGGCACAAUGACUCAAGCAUCUACCAAGGUUCAGCAGCUCAUUGACAACAACUCUGUUGUUGUCUUCUCCAAGUCGUACUGCCCUUACUGCAAGCAGACCAAGAAGACUCUGGAUGAGCUCAACGCCGAGUACGAGCUCCUCGAGCUUGACGAAGUUUCCGACGGUUCUGCCCUCCAGGACGCUCUUGAGCAAAUCUCUGGCCAGCGCACCGUUCCCAAUGUCUACAUCAAGCAGCAGCACAUUGGCGGCAACUCUGACGUUCAGAGCUUAAAGUCUGGUGGAAAGCUUGCUUCUCUGCUCAAGGAGGCCGGUGCCCUGAAGGCGUAAGAAACAUCAAAAUAAAUGUUGGACACGUUGGGCUAAGGGCAUACGAUGCUUCAGUUCCAAGCUCUAGACAUGUCUUUGUAGACCGUAUGCGGCAUAUAGAUAUCGGUUGCACCUAAGAUUAGACGGUAUUACCCAGAUGAGUUGAAUUCAUGACCCUUUACAAUGACUUGCUGGCUUGUGCCUAGUGAUACAUGGCUUAAUCUCCGUAAUGUACAUCUUUUUGCUGUGGUUUGACCCUCUCACAAGACCUGGGUGGCAACAGUACCAACAGGUCUCUCGACAAAUUCCAUGACGCCAUUGAUGAUGUUCUUCCUGGCCUCCUCUGACGCAACCUUCUUACCAGAGAGGUAGUUGAGCCACAGCAGCCUCGAAAGUCGCUCAUCCUCAACGGUUCCCAGUGUGGACUUGACAGACUCCUUACGAGUGCCAUCAGUAUAAGUGAUGGUCAACUUUCCAGCAGCAUCUCGAACAAGAAGCAGUUCGUUCUUCUUUGCUACCAGACCACGUUGGAACAGGAUCUUGAAAUGUCUCAUGGCAUUUCCAAAUGUCUCAUCAUUAUACUCCGGGUUAUGUGAUGAGCGAGCUUGAAUAGCCCUCACAAGGCCGUCGCGCAUAUGAGGGAAGUCAGUAUCUCGAACAGGGGUGAUUCGGAAUGCUGAGCGGCAUCCAGCAUCCUUGAGAAUCGAGUUCCAUGUCUCUUCACCCUCGACAGGAUCCUGAAGAGCCUUGCGCAGAUCCUCCUUCUCAGAAGGAAUCAGUGUUGUGGCUAGAGGGUUAAUCUUCUUGACCAGAUAUCGCUGGAGCUUCUCGAUAUCCUGGGUAGCAACAUAGAAGCCCACCACGUACACCUCAAUGCCAAGGAAGGUCACUGUCCUUGUUCCCAGCCCAACCAGUGUGAACUCUGUACCAUGCUUGUCCGUUACAGCGGCAGCAAUUGGGCCAGCAACGUCGCCUGCUGCUCCGGCAUCCUCAACUUCUAAUCUUCGAGGGAACAAUUUGACGGUCUUGUUGCCUGUAGGAACAACCUCAUUUCCAUCUUCAUCGUGAAUAACCACUUUUCGCUUCUCGCCCGCCUCGGUCUUGAAGAUUUCUGUCGGAACUUCCGUAUCGCAUUUGAUAGCAGCCUUCUCUUUUUCCCCUUGGGCUUCAAUGGCCUUCUUCAAUUUCCAUGCUGUGUAGACGAAGGAAACGAUGCCAGCAAUGGCACCAGCAGCUAGAAAAGCAGUGCGGUUCUGUUCGUAAUCUCGUCGCUUAGAAUUGAGCUGAUUAACAUCGAGGUCAUCAGUCAGACGGUUCGAUCGCUGGGAGAAAAGAGUCCGUCGGGUUGUUCGAGCGAUGGCGCAUCUUGUGUGGGCUGAUGCGCGAAGCGCAGGGCGGAGAGUUGAGGGACGGAGCAUCGUGGCGCUCGCGACGUAAUGUUGAACAGACCACUGACUAGAUAGCAAUCUAAAAGAACAAGUCAACUCAAUCAACUACACCAAGUAAAUGAGCUUGGUGGUGAUCGUCUGAGUUGCUGGUCAGGUACGUGGAAGAGUUCCAUACCAUACGGAACAUACGGGUAAACCUAAUCCGAGGAAAUCCAAUGCUCGCGGGGGGCCCACAAAAUGCAUCGCCAAGCUUCAGUCCAUCUACGUCAGCGAUGCCAUCGUGAGGGGUCUUACCCUGUACCUUGAGUUUUAGAGGAUCAGGUUCAAAUACGAUAAGAAAUCAUGGGGCGCGGAUAUGGUCAGAAGAUUUUUAUCAGUUUCAGAAGCAGUAGUAAUUUGGAACAAGUAGUCAAUAUAUUAGUUCUACACAGUAAGCGUCUCGUUCACGCCAGUAUAGGGACACAUGAAGC